GAAAGCUGAUGAAGUCAAAGCCGACGCAGAAAAGGAAAAGAGCUCUUGGUUCAGUUGGGGAAACAAGAAAGCCGAUGAAGCUCAAGAUAAGAAAGAGGAAUUGGUGUCAUGGGGCAGCAAAAAAGCUGACGAAGCUAGGGCCAACGCCGAAAAAGAAAAGAACUCUUGGCUCAGCUGGGGCAACAAUAAAGCCGAUGAAGCUGAACAAAAGAAGGACGAUUUGGCAUCAUUGGCAAGCAAGAAGUUGGACGAGGCGACUAAGGAGUUCAAUAAGCAAUAUGAUGCUUCAAUAAACGAACUCAACAAGCAAUAUGAAAACUUGGGUAAGGUUUUUAGUACCACUAAAGAUCAAGCUAACGAGUCCUUUAAGGUACAGAGAGAAAAUGCAGUGCAACAAUACAAUGAAGCUUACAAGAAGUUUCAAGAAUUGAGUAACGAUUUGGCCAAUGAUCCAGAAAAGAAUAAGAAAUUGUCAAAGGCCAAGGAAGAUUUCAGUAAGUCAUUGGAGCACUUGAAAUCUUAUGGUGAUGAUGUCUACCAAGAUAUCACGGCAAAGUUGAGUGAAUUGUUUAAGUAG